UAAUUAAAUUGCUGUGGCUUCCCUUCUGGCCUCACCUUCCCCGAUGAUUGAGUCCGCCAUGGCCGCCCGCCUCUCCACCGGAGUCUUCUCUUCGACGGCGCUCCUCCAGUAUCGACCUGUACCGAAUCUGGAGGAGGAAGGAAGCUGCUUCCAUGUCGCCCCUCGACGGAUUUUUCAUUCUCACCGGCUCAACACCACUUCUGGGAGUGGAUUUCUCAAGUGUAACAGUGACUAUUUUACGAGAAAGAGCCUGCGGAAGAAUAGGACUCAGGCCAUUGCAGAGUAUUUUGGUUCAGCUUCAGAUCCAAAGAAGCCAACUGGGAAGUCAAGUUAUCAUCCUUCAGAGGAAAUCAGAGCAUAUGUGCCAGAGAACCCUAAAGAUUCUAGGCUUCCACCUGCAGAAACUGCUAGAACCAUCAUUGAGGUGAACAAAAAGGGAACCUUGAUCCUUUCAGGUUUACUUGGUAUUGGACUUCAUGAGAAUAUUCUCUGGCCGAAUAUUCCUUAUGUAACAGAUCAGCAUGGAAAUAUAUACUUUCAAGUAAAGGAAAAUGAGGACAUAAUGCAGACUGUUGUUACUUCUGAUAAUAAUUAUGUGCAAGUUAUAGUAGGUUUCGAUACGAUGGAGAUGAUCAAGGAUAUGGAGCUGAGUAGUCCCUCUGGUAUUGGUUUUGGAAUUGAAGAAAUCGAAGGUGGUAUUGGUGAAGUGGAGGAUGAAAUCAAGGGGGAUGAGGAUGAAGGAGAAGAAGACAAAGAUGAUGAGGAAUGGGUUGCUGUUCUACAAGAUGGAGAUGAAGACUCUGAUUAUGCUUCAGACUCUGAUGAAUCUCUUGGAGACUGGGCAAACUUGGAAACGAUGCGAUCUUGCCAUCCUAUGUAUUUUGCCCGGAGGACAGCCGAGGUUGCUUCUAAUGAUCCUUUAAAUUGGAUGGAGCAGCCGUCUGCUGGCCUUGCUAUCCAGGGGCUCUUGAGUCGUGUCUUUGUGAAAGAUCACUUAGAUAUCACUGGUCACAAGUCUACAAGUAGUGACAAAAAUCUGGAGGGAGAAAACUCAGAAGAGAAACUUGAAAACAUUGGUACGCCAAGUGUGGAUGAAUCUGAGAUAUUGCAGCAUGAUAAUUCGAGAAAUGCCACAACGUAUUACAAGCUGGAGAUGAUAAGAAUCCAGCUCAUCACGGCACAGGGGCAUCAGACUGAAGUGGAAGUGGAAGAUGUCAGGAAAGCACAACCUGAUGCUAUUGCUCUUGCAUCAGACGGUAUUGUGAAUCGUCUAGAAGCAGAUGGCAAUAAACUAACUGAAGCCCUCAAAUCUAUGUGUUGGAGACAUAAGGGGAUUCAAGCAGAGGAAGUGAAGCUCAUCGGUAUAGAUUCACUUGGUUUCGACCUCAGGCUUUGCUCAGGAAUGCAAAUUGAGACUUUACGGUUUGCAUUCUCGAUAAAGGCAACAUCAGUACACAGUGCUGAGGGACAGUUGAGAGAAUUAUUAUUCGCUUCGACACCUCUCAAGCCGCCGCAGAAACCAAAGCAAACGUCGAGUCAGAAGGAAUCUUGAUGAAAUAGUAAAACCACAGAAGGCAACAAGAAACAGAUUCAACUGCAAUAUUUGCAUAUCAACAGAUCUAUCCUCACACAUGAAGGAACUGCUAUCAACGUUGCGUUCUAAGAGAAAUUUUUAGUGUUGGCUUGUUAGAGAUUGAUAGCAUAAGUCUUGAUCAGGGCCGUGUCUCUAUGUUAUGGAUUGAGAAACAUUGGCUUAGGGCCUAAUUUCUUACAAGAAUAUAUUAUACUAUAAAAUUGAAGGUCACAUAAUUCAUAUUGUAGAAGAUUAAA